AUGGUUCAUCACAAGGUAACAAUUAUUGGUUCCGGCCCAGCAGCCCACACCGCCGCCAUUUACUUGGCUAGAGCAGAAAUCAAGCCUACCCUAUACGAGGGUUUCAUGGCUAAUGGUAUCGCCGCCGGUGGUCAACUAACAACCACCACUGAAAUCGAAAACUUCCCAGGUUUCCCAGAAGGUUUGACCGGUAGUGAAUUGAUGGAUAAGAUGAAGGCUCAAUCUGUCAAGUUUGGUACCGAGGUGAUUACCGAAACCGUUGCAAAGGUGGACUUGUCCAGCAAGCCAUUCAAGUUCUGGACCGAAUUCAACGAGGACCAAGAACCAGAAACUACCGAUGCCAUUAUCUUGGCUACCGGUGCCUCCGCUAAGCGUCUACACUUGCCAGGUGAAGAGAAGUACUGGCAACAGGGUAUCUCCGCCUGUGCCGUUUGUGACGGUGCAGUGCCAAUCUUCAGAAACAAGCCAUUGGCUGUCAUCGGUGGUGGUGACUCUGCCUGUGAAGAAGCACAAUUUUUGACCAAGUACGGUUCCAAGGUGUACAUGCUUGUCAGAAAGGACCACUUGCGUGCCUCUCAAAUCAUGCAAAGACGUGCUGAACAAAACGAAAAGAUCGAAAUCUUGUACAACCACGUCACCUUGGAAGCCAAGGGUGACGACAAGUACUUGAAUGCAUUGAAGGUCAAGAACGUAAAGACCAAUGAAGAAUACGACUUGCCAGUUAACGGAUUAUUCUACGCCAUUGGUCACUCCCCAGCUACCAAAAUUGUUGCUGGACAAGUCGAUCUUGACGAUGCUGGCUACGUUAAGACCGUCCCAGGCUCCUCUUUGACUAGCGUCCCAGGUGUUUUCGCUGCUGGUGAUGUCCAAGAUUCUAGAUACAGACAAGCUAUCACUUCCGCUGGCUCUGGUUGUAUGGCCGCUUUGGAUGCUGAAAAGUACCUAACUGAAUUGGAAUAA